UCCAGGAGGAAGAGAAAUUGGCGGGUGGCGUUCGAAUCGCUGCGUUUCCCGACAGCUGAUUAGUUUAAUCAACUUUAAUAAACGUGUUAUUCAACGUCGGGACAACUUUAACAGAUCUUAUAACACAAGUUGAUUUUACAACGCUUUGUAAAAUGUGCGCUGACAUGCUCUGAAGCUAACUCCUCUAACAGUAAAACUUGUGUGGCUAGCGGCUAAGCUAGCCGGCUAGCAGUGUGUUAUUAGCCAUGUUGGCUCUCCGCUAAGUCACCACUGGACGCUCACGUCGCUUCUUCCUCCGUCUGAGAAUAAUGGCGAACCCGGCGUCGUUGCAGAAGAAGAACGGGAGACAUCUGUGGUUCUCUCUCCUCGGACUCGGAUUUCAAGCGGACACUGCGACGUCGUCCAUCACCAAAUCCAACAUCAAUGCUAAACACAUCAACCUGGGGCCGACCAUGUUUGACAAACCAAACAAAGACGCUUCCUACAUAGUAAUCCAUUUCCUGUUGGUCAAACUCAGCCCAACACGAUUUCACGACGCAUACAGGCAUUGCUGGCCUAUUCUGAACCCCAAAGCAGACGCAGAGUUCCGCAAAGUUACCUGCGCCUGGCUGCGAGAAAUCAUGGAUGAAAUUGCAAAUGCGGGAUCCAAAGUGGUUGCUUCCUUAUUCCUUUCCCCUGGAGGCCCCAAGUUCAUCGGCUUGAUGCUUCAGUUGGCAAACUAUGUCAUGCUGCAGGAAAUGAAGACGUUCACCACAGAAGAAAGUUGGGUUCCUGAGGCUGCAGCAAUGCCCGCUUCCUCCCUGCACAUGGCAGAGAGGAGACUCAACCUGACCAGUAGAAGGUUUUUGAAAACAGCAGUGGAUCAAGAUCAUUUUCUCCAGGAGUAUCAGAGACGAGCACAGCUUCUGGUGAAGUCUAUUAGGGAUCUGAGAGAAGAGGGUGCAAAGUAUGGUGACCUGCUCAAGCGUUACAGCAGCGAUUCUGCACAGGAGGGAGCUUCUCUCGCUGAGAAGACCAAGAAGGUGCGCUCCUUGUGGUCAGACAUUGAUCGAAUGCUGUCGACUACCAAAGAGGAGCAGAAUGCGGUGGCAAGUGUUUUGAAAGGAGAUGUUGACAAACAUGUCCUGGAUGGGACGGAUCGACAGCUCAAAAUUCCCCGUUGUCUGUUGGAGAGAAUCGAAAGUCUACCGCAUCAGUUGAGUUCAGGGAAUGUCUAUGAGGCCGGCCAGCUGAACCUCCUGUGUGUGUUGGAGCUGAUGAACCACGCGCUGCAGAUCCUUAAGGACGAGCGUUCUCAAGUCUCUCGCGCCCCGAAGUUUCAGCUCAGUCCUCAGAACCUGCAGGAAAAGUGUCAGCAGAUGGCCCGUGUGUUGCAGGACCUCCACCUCAUCAGGCAGAACAUUUCUAAGGAAGAAAUUCCUGCGGUCAGUGGUACCAUCAGAGACUUGGAAGCUGAGUGGGACAGGAAGUGGAUGGACACCCUCAAAGAAACGCCACUCGUCUCUUUUCUGAAUGAAGAUCCUGCUCUUGGCUUCCUCUCCCCAAUGGCGCCGUUGUCAUUUAAGCCGAUGACUGAAGCUAAUUACAGACGAAGUGUCUUCUCCCAGUAUCCUGCUAAACUUCUUGAGGAGACGCCUGCAGAGAGUAAAUCUCAUGAGGCCGCCACCCCGAGUUAUUCAAACCUGAAACGCUCCUGCUUUGCACUAGCUGAGGGGACUGAUGGUCCGGUUGGCCCCACUGAAGCUUCAUCACCAGCGAACACCUCCCUCGACUGGCUAUUUGACACCCCUCCAUCCCCCCCUCACAGCGCCCCAGAAGCACCAACACCUCAGACCAGUGUGAGGAAGACGACUCCAGUUCAUGAGAAGGUGGCUCCCAUGAGGACCAAGACUCAGAUAUUGGACAUGGAGUGUGAUAACCUCGCUGAUCAGUUUGCAGAUGCUGUAACUACCACAAGUCCUUCAGAAGUCCGAGUCAAAGGUCUGGACUUGGAGGGUCUCCUCACCACUCUUCAGGGAGAUCCCUUCUCUACUAAAAAACAACUGACGCGUACACCUGAGAGCUUAAUAGAGGAUGUGAAAACCUCAUGGCGGAGGGCAGUUGAAGAGGACCGAACCGAGAAGCUCCGACGCUCAGCCAAGUUUAAUGACAGCGUCACGCAGCUGCUUGCUUCCUCCAAGGAGGCUCACGAUGUCACGACGAGCUCGUACACCCAGAGCCUCUCCCCCAGCACUGACCCCGCUGUCUGCCAGCAGGGGGCCUCAUUCAAAACCACUAUGUUGUGGGACACCUGCGACACCCUCGACAGCCCGAGCGGCACCGGCAGCAGCGCAGUGCAGUUCACCCUUGACCAAGAAACGCUUCCCGAGAUGUCGAGCUGCGACAGUUUGCUGAGUCUUGACGAUGAGGCGGUCGAUAUGAAGAGCUACGAUGAUGACGACUUCCUCAUCCCCUCGCUAAGGACUGAAGCGACGCUGUCACCGCACACUACGCCUCGUCGGGAUCACACCCAGCAGGUGUGCGAUGGUGGCUCCUUUAUCCAACGUAGAACAAAGUCACCGGAGUGUCUCCUCUCGGGCGGCACAGUGUCUGGUGUGGACAGAAGCUGGCUCAUGACGCCUGGACAGUCGGUGGAGGCCUCAGACAAGGUCUUCUCACUCGACCUCGACACACUGGCGACGCCCUCGCCUCCACAGACACCAGAGUUCAGCCUCCCCCAACUCAUCACAUUCUCUCCCAUAGACAACAUGAAAUGUUAACAGUCAAACAUAUGCACACCUCAGCCUUUAAUGUCUUAAACUGCCUGACUUGGUUUUUGAUAAGAAACCUGAAAUGUAAAAAUAUCAAUAUAUAACUGUUAAAUAGCCACUAGUUGCCUGUGUUGGAGUUUAUUGGUUUUAAUUUAAAAUAAGACAAUUGACUGCCUUAAUAAAAUUGUGCAAAUGUGUUUAUUUCCUUUUGUCAACUUGAAGUUGUUUUUUUGAGAUGUUUCUAAUUGAUGUGUUUGUCAUUAGCAUGUAGGAUAACAGCAGUGGUUCUAAGUGAGAGGAAACACUUGUCCUCCUUUCCCCUCAACAUUUCAUUGUAUUACGAGCGUCUUUUGUGAAAAGAUUAAAUAAUGUGUGAGAGACAUAUCAUGUAUCUGUCUUAGAUCGCUAACAGGUCAAUUAUUAAAGCUAAAAUUAAAUGGCUCUAAGAGGAUAA